AGAAAAAAAAAAACAAAAAAAGGGAAAAAAAGUAGUAAGAUAAUUGCCGAUAAGUCAGUUGGCAGUUGUUUAAAAAAGAAUGAAAUGGACAAAAGAGUUGUUAAGCGAGGGGGGCGCCCAAAUCGUGGUGGCGGACGCAAUAAUCGUGGUAACCGGGGGCGGGGAAGAGGUCGUGGUUUCACACAACCUGAGCCCCCUAAGCCCAAAUUAGGAGGGUCAUCAGGAGCAAGUGGCAGGAAAGGUGGAGCUAACUUGUAUGAUGAUGACGAUAUAUAUGAUGCUUAUGAUGAUGAUGAUGGGGAGUCAUAUGAUUUUCAUGAAGGGAGGUCUAAUCAGCAAUAUACACGACAAGAACCAGAGAUUAGGCGAGAUAGUUCACGCGGUUCAAGAAGUAGAGGGUUUCGUGGAAGGGGAAAUCAAGUAAGAGUCACAAUGCAGCAUCUACACAUGACCUCUGAAAAUCAAGAACUUGUAAAAGACAUGCUAAAAAAUUUACAUGGAUCAGAGUUAGACAUUACAAGUGAGGACGAGUAUGAAGAGUUGGAUUAUCGUGCCGAGAACCAGUACUGGAUUGUUGAUAACAAACUUAAGAUUGAGGAUUCAGCCGCACAUGGUGUUGACAGAAAUGCCUCACAGCGUGGCGACUCUACUUCUAUUAGUCAACUUGCUGUAAAUAAACUCAAAAGGUAUGGAUUUCAUAAAACAAGAAGUACAGAAGCACUACAGGUUUGUGAUGGUGACCUUGGCCUUGCUUUAGAGUAUCUUCUUGCAGAAUGUUUCUCAUUAAACAAUAUUGAGGACAACAACUUGAGUAGUGAUGAUAAAGGGGAGAUAAUUGAGCUGAGAAACGAUGAGAUGAUGGCACUACAAGCUAUCUAUGAUGAAAAGUUUAAUGAAAGGAUACCAAAUCGUGUCUGGAUUCUCAAAGUUUCUCUACCAUACCUAGAUAAGAAAGUACAACCAAAGAAUGACAGGAAAAAGGUUGUUCAUGAUACAGAUGUCAGAGAAGUGUGUAGAUUCUUUAAAAGAGGUUUUUGUAAGUUUGGAAAGCGAUGUAGAUUAGAACAUUCAUCACCUGUAGCUAAGCAUGGUGGUAACACAGAUAGUGCAAUAGGUGAUACUGUGAUAGACACGGAGUAUGAAAUAGAGAUAAGGUUUCCUCCGUGUAAUAUCUAUCCUAAAGAACCUCCUUUUAUAGCAUUUACCUCCACUUCUAGUCUGUUAGAUAAACAUAUAUGUCUCAACAUUACUAAACAUAUGAUGGAGGAAGCUAAGAAACUGGCCGAGUGUCAUGAACCGUCCAUAUUUACCGUGGUCAGCCUGCUAGAUGAUGAAACAUUUUUAGACAGUGUGGUUAAUGAACCACCUCAUGAAUUUAGUUGUUCUCUUAAUAACAAAGCAUGGUUUCCACAUGGAACAAAUCAUGAACUUCCUAAUAAAAGUAUCAGUAAUACUGAAAACACUGGAAACUUUAGUUACCAUGACAAUUCCUAUGGAGUAAACAAGGAAGACACAGAUGCUCAGUUAGCAAAAGCAACUGAAAGUAUGAUCAAGAUGAGUGAAAGAGAUAGAAAACAGGAAGUCAGAAACAAGGAGGUUAAAGGAACAGAAGAAAAACCAGUAGAAGUUAAACGAUCUACAAGCAAAGAGGAAGUGAAGAAAUUAAACCCUGCAGAGAUUUUAAAAACUAAUAAAAGACUGAUAGAAGACUUUAAAAGGAAAAAGACAACUGGUAGAUAUAAAACGAUGCAGGAAAGUCGACAGAAACUGCCGGCCUGGUUUCGUCAAGAUGAGAUAUUAAAGAUGAUAGAUGAACAUCAAGUUGUUGUCAUCAGUGGAAUGACUGGUUGUGGUAAAACUACCCAAGUGCCUCAGUUCAUCCUUGACCUUUGUUUGAACGCUGGUGACCUUCAUCUAUGCAACAUGCUAUGCACUCAACCACGAAGAAUCUCAGCAAUGGCUGUUGCAGAAAGAGUGGCUGAGGAAAGGGCUGAUGCUCUAGGGAGGAUUGUGGGAUAUCAAAUACGUCUGGAGAAAAUGCAGUCUUCUAUGACCAGAUUAUUAUUCUGUACAACUGGUAUAGUUUUAAGACGACUGGAAGGGGACAAUACUCUAGAUGGUGUGUCUCAUAUAAUAAUUGAUGAAGUCCAUGAAAGAUCUGAGGAAAGUGAUUUUCUGCUGAUGUAUUUAAAAGACAUGUUACCAAAACGUCCUGAUCUGAAGGUCAUACUAAUGAGUGCAACACUAAACGCUCAACUGUUCUCUGAGUAUUUUGAUGGUUGUGCUGUGGUGGAUAUACCAGGACGUACAUUUCCAGUAGAGCAAUAUUUUCUUGAAGAUGUAAUGGAAUUUACAGAAUUUGUUAUGGAAGAGUCAUCACCUUAUGCUAGACCUCUGAAACAUAUGAAUGCUGUACAAAGGGGCGUGGCUGGGGAGGAGGAGCAAUAUGAUGACAGUGGUAGUGGUCCAGCCCAUAAAGCUAGCGAUAGGGUGCAAGAUCAAAAUUUGUCUGUGAAACAGCUAUAUCUGAGAUAUCCUGAUUAUCACAAACUAACUUUAAAGAACAUGGCAUUGAUGGAUCACACAAAGAUCAACUUUGACCUGGUCCUGGAACUGAUGUGUUGGUUGGUCACAGAAAAUCAUAAGGAUCUAGAGUUUCCAGAGAAAGGUGCAAUCCUUGUAUUUAUGCCUGGUUACGCUGAGAUACAAACAUUAUAUGAUAUGUUACUCUCUAGUCCCGUGUUUGGUGGUAGAAAUAAACACAGGUAUAAGAUAAUACCUCUACAUUCUACCUUAUCAUCUGAGGAUCAACAUGCUGUUUUCUCGAGGCCACCAGAAGAGGUUACAAAGAUUGUCAUAGCAACAAAUAUUGCUGAAACUUCUAUCACCAUUGAUGAUAUCUGUUUUGUUAUUGAUACUGGUAAAAUGAAAGAGAAAAGAUAUGAUUCAACUAAAGGUAUGGAGAGUUUGGAUACAGUAUGGGUGUCAAGGGCAAAUGCUUUACAGAGGAAAGGUCGUGCCGGGCGUGUUAGAGCUGGAGUGUGUUUCCAUCUGUUUACAAGUCACAGGUUUGAGCACCAUCUUCAGGAACAACCUAUACCAGAGAUUCAGAGAGCUCCACUAGAACAGAUCUGUUUAAGGAUAAGGAUGCUGGACAUCUUUAAAAGAGUUCCUGUAGAGGUUGUGUUACACAAGUUACCUGAGCCCCCCGACUAUGAGGCUAUCACCUCAGCUAUCAAGAGGCUAGAAGUUCUAGGAGCCUUAGACAGUCAAGGGGAACUGACACCACUUGGUUACCAUCUGGGCACAUUACCUGUAGAUGUUAGGAUAGGAAAGUUGAUGUUAUUGGGUGCUAUAUUUAGAUGUCUUGAUCCAGCUUUAACUAUAGCUGCCUGUCUCAGCUUUAAAUCUCCUUUUGUGACACCGUUUGGUAAGAAACAUGAGGCUACAGAGAAGAAACUUGGCUUUGCUGCAGGAAAUUCAGAUCAUCUCACAAUGCUGAAUGCAUAUAAUGCCUGGAAGGAAGCAAGGAAAAAUGGUGGACAGGAGGCAUAUCGAUUCUGUCAGGACAAUUUUCUCUCUAAAAGGUCAUUAGAGAUGUUGUCCAGUAUGAAACAGCAGUUUGUAGAGUUGUUAUCAGACAUUGGGUUUGUGAAGGAAGGUAUAUCUAGUAGAGAUGUAGAAAGAGCGGCAAGAAAUGGUGAAGAUGGUGUGGUCACUCUGACAGGGCCUGAGGCCAACUUGAACUCUAAGAAUCUUAAGUUGAUAUCAGCCUUGUUAGUAGGAGCCUUAUAUCCAAAUAUUGUACAGGUUCUUACCCCAGAACAGCAGUAUGCCCAAAUGGGUGGUGGGGCAGUUGCUGUAGCACCAAAAGCUGAAGAUAUAAGAUUUAAAACUAAACCUGAUGGAUAUGUGAAAAUACAUCCAUCAUCUGUGAACUUUCAAGUGAGAUUUUACGAGAGUCCAUAUUUGGUGUAUCAUGAGAAAGUAAAAACUACAAGGAUAUAUAUCAGGGACAGUACUAUGGUAUCUGUGUACCCCCUGUUGUUGUUUGGUGGUGGAGAGAUAGGGGUGGAUCUAUCACGGGGGAACUUUAUACUUUCUGUGGAUGAUGGCUGGAUCAAGUUUAUGGCUCAAUCUCAUCAGAUAGCUGAGUUAGUGAGAGAGUUAAGACUGGAACUGGAUCAUUUGUUAGAAGAUAAAAUUAAGACCCCACAUAUGGACCUGUGUACCUGCCCCAGGGGCAGUAAAAUUAUAGACACUAUAGUUAAACUUAUUACCACCCAAUAGGUGCUAAAUAAAAUAAAUAUAUAAUGGUGAAAAGUC